GUGUUUUGUGUGUGACGAUUCCGCGAUUGUACUUUCAAAAAAAUAUUUUUGCUCUGAUAUGAACAUUUGAUUUUCACCUAAUUAAUUCUUGAAAUGGAAACUGAAGAGCAUUUACUUGCUCUCAAAGUUAUGAGGCUUACUCGUCCUACUUUAGCAAGCCCCUUACCAGUAACUUGCGACAGUAAAGACUUACCUGGAAAUCUGCUGAAUAAUUCUUUACAGCAAGACCCUACGGCGGUUCCGGGAUCAGAAACCAUAGCCAUUGGCCAGUUUUUACUUCUUCCUCAAAAUCCUGUAAAUAUUUAUUUAGGAGAAACUUUUUCCAGCUAUAUUUGUGUUUAUAGUGAAACUAAACAAAAUGUUUAUAAUGUUAGUGUAAAGGUAGACUUACAGACUAGUUCACAAAGACUUCCCUUAGCCAAUAAUCCCCCUACAUCAACAUUGACUUCAGAUCAGACUGUUAAUACCGUUAUACAGCAUGAAGUUAAGGAAAUCGGUACUCACAUUUUAGUUUGUGAGGUGUCCUAUCAAAAUUCAGCAGGAAUUCUGUUAUCGUUUAGGAAAUUUUUCAAAAUACAAGUUUUGAAGCCCUUGGAUGUGAAAACUAAAUUUUAUAAUGCUGAGAAUGAUGAUGUAUAUCUUGAAGCGCAAGUUCAAAACAUUACCAGCGGGCCAAUAUGCUUGGAAAAAGUUGCUUUAGAUGCCUCACAUUUGUUCAAAGUUACAUGCUUGAAUAUGACUCACACAGGAGAAAGUAUUUUUGGUAAAGUCACUCUCUUGCAGCCUCAAUCUAUAAGUCAAUAUUUGUAUUGUUUGACCCCAAACGAGAAGUUAAUUUCCGAUGUGAAGUCAUUAAGUGGGGCUACUAAUAUUGGAAAAUUAGAUAUUGUAUGGAGAUCAAAUUUAGGGGAAAAGGGGAGAUUGCAAACGAGUCAACUACAAAGAAUGAGUCCAGAUUAUGGGGAUAUUAAAUUAUCAAUAACGGAGUUGCCAAAUUUUGUUGUCCUAGAGGAACUAUUUACAUUCAAGUGCAAACUUGUCAACAAUGGUGAAAGGACCGUUGAUUUUAUGCUAUAUUUGGAAAACACAGAAAAUAUCGCAUGGUGUGGUAUUUCAGGCAAGAAACUAGACCCUUUACCUCCACACAGUCACAAAGCUUUAGAAUUUAAGUGUAUUCCCUUGGUGCCUGGUCUUAGAACCCUGUCAGGUGUAAAAUUAGUGGACACAUUUCUGAAGCGAACUUAUACUUAUGAUGAAUUAGGACAGGUUUAUGUUGUAUUACCUGAAGGACUCAAUAAUCAUCAGUAAUGUUUAAAUUCUAUUUUUAUUUUUAAUGGGAGCCACAAGUGCAAUAAUUAGCUGUCAGUAUUUUCAUCAUUUUUAUAUCCUAGAGAUAGAGAAUGGUUAUUUGAAGUCACAUGUUAGUACAGACAUAUGACUUAUAUGGCGUUAGAUGUGUAGCCCUGUUAAGAUUUCAUUCCCUCAAUGAUAUUCCCAACAGGGCCCUCGCUACCAUAAGCGCAAAUGCGUGCGGCGCACGCGGGCGGCAUAGCCAAGGGGCGGCAAAUCGCACGAGAAAAAUAUGAAUAAUUUUUUUUUAUAAUUAAUUAUUAAAUUUUUCUUCCUAGUGUUUCAAUUAUUUUCCUUUUUAUUCAAAGGCCGUACAGCCAAUGGGCCAAUUUUUCUGUUGGUUCUUGCAAAAUUACUCUGAACUAUUAUUAUUUAUCUAGCUCAGAGUUUUUAUUGAAAAACUAUUUAAGAUCUACAUUGUUACAAGAAAGGUAUAUGGAUUAGAGAUUUUUUCCAUAGAAUGUGAUCUCUUGGACAGUAUAAAUGUUGAAGAUUUCUUGAAAGAUUUUGCAACAUUAAUAGUAGAAAAGUCAAUUUUCUGUUAUUUUUUUGGUGUUUAUAAAGCAAAAAACAUUUCGAAUAUAAAAUAAACAAUAAACUGUGUUAAAAGUAAUGAGAUGAACUGGGAGAGAACAUAGAUGCACGCGCAGCUGGGGGCGAUAGUAACAUUUUUACUGUAUACGUACUGUCAAGUUUCUACCUAUUUACUCCCAACUGCCUGCGCACUUCAGGUAAUACGAGAUACGUCUGUUGACUCAAUGCCACUCCAAAAAUUGUUGCUCUCUUUUUAAUCGCCAACCCUAAGGUGCGAUUUCAUAUUUUGGCGCC